AUGAAGUCUAAACUUGGGAAAUAUUUCUCCCUUUUUGCUUUUGCGGUGGUAAUUUUCAUCGUAUUUACGGUAUGGACAGCGUUUGAUCAUCGUAGGAGAGGUUUAAAGCUGGUAAAGUCGCACUCACAAACACUGGAAACACCACAUCUUUUUGAUAUUCAACGGAAGCACCCGACCAGUGAGCGAAAAAGCAUCCUUAUUCUAGCUUACACCGACUUCUUCGAGCAGAAAAAGUGGAUAUGGAGUAACGAUAGUGGCGUCUGUACCUUGGACCACGCGAAGGGGAAAUGUAUUCUUACUUACAACAAAGAGCGGUUUAGGGAGAGCGACUUGGUUCUGUUUCACGCUAGAAAUAUGCCAGACGAAUUCUUUCUGCAAUGGCUCUCACAAACCAGACCUACUUCACAGCACUGGGUUUAUACUUCGUGGGAAAGUCCAAACAAUUCUCCUGACCCUUCGCUGCUCGACGAUUUGUUCAAUUUGAUAUGGAGCUACAGAAGCGAUGCGGAUCUGUGGAGCCCGUAUGGACGUUAUGAGAAAAUAUAUCCAAAUGAUGCAAUAAACCCUAAAAGUGCUGGUGUUCACGACUACACGAAAGGAAAAUCAAAACUUGUGGCAUGGUUAGCUUCGAACUGCGUUUAUCCACUUGUGCGAACGCCUUUUGUUCAUGAGUUACGACGGUAUAUCGACGUUCAUGUAUUUGGCGAUUGUUCCAGCGAAUUUGGCCAAAAUAGAACUUGCUCAGAUUCCGUCGAGUGUCUUAAAGAAUACAAAUUUUACCUCUCACUUGAGAAUGCACUAUGCGAAGAUUACAUCACUGAAAAGUAUUGGGGACGCUUAGGUAAGAAUUGUUAUUUUUUAGAGUAUAUACUCAAAGUAAUUUGUACGCAUUUCAUUAAUUAUGUCCAAGACCCAAUAAACACGUAAACCCACACAUGUAAAAACCUAACCAAGAAUCCAGAACCAUAAAUCCGUGUAUGCUUGCCACAAGUCGAUCUCACCAGUUUCCUUGCGAGCAGGGUGACCUUUCUGACAGGUUUAUAGGCCGCGAAGAGGCCGAGAAAGCGACGAAGGACUUCUUGUGAAAGCCUAAUAUACCCGUUGACCCGUGAAAACCACUAACUCAAGGGCCCAGAACUAAAACCCAGCAACCUAACAACCCUCUAGCUACAUGUGCAAUGUUAUUUCCGUUAUUUCGUUUGUUGAAUAAAACUAUUGAUGUAUCUAGAAAGUGCUGGACACGGGAGUUAGAACCACAGAAUAGAGAAUAUAAUACGGAGUAUUGUUUGGACAGCAAAACAGUCCAUGUUUUUGCGUAUUCAAGUACGCGCGAGCAGUCAAACAAAAGGUCUGGAACGAGGCUGAAACAGAGAGCAAGACUGGGGAGAGACGCCCUAUGGGCGUGUGAGGCUCACGCGCUUCGCGCGGGCAAGACUCUUACGCCACGCUUUUCCGAUUUCUUUACUGAUUUUGUGAAAAAAACCGACUGUUUUGCAGUCUAAGGCCCAGUUCAGACGACGUGCUUCUGCCGUGCCGAACUAAAUUCAGGAAUUGAGUUCGACAAAAGCACGACAAAAGCACGGCAGAAGCACGGCGUCUGAAUCAAACUUUUGAAUUAAUUUCGGCAUAGUUAUUAGAAUUAACUAUCAUUAACUAUGAUUUCGGCAAGCAAUUAAGUUCGACAAGCGCUGCCGUGCUACACGGCUCUGGCACGGCAGCGAUUCAAACGUCGUGCUUCUGCCGUGCUAAACAAAAUUCAUAAAUUAUAUUAAUGUAUUUUGGCGAGAUUGCGUUCCCACGGGGAGUUGGGAGAAGAAUUGUUACGAGGCAUCAGUAAAUCCUAAAUUUGGUUCGACUCUGGCGCGACGUCUGAAUCAAAGUUGUUUUCCUGCCGUGCUACAGUCGAACCAAAUUACAAUUAAGUUCGGCAUGGCAGAAGCACGACGUAUGAACUGGGCCUAAGUAUUGUUGGGAAGCCGUUACCACACCUGGCAACUUUGAUAGUCACUCAGUGUUGGGAGUUUGUGAUGCGUCUGUGUUGGCACGAGUGGUGUGCAAACGAAUGCAACAACUCCCACCAAUGUUGGGACCUGCAGUGCAUCAUGGGAAGGGUACAACCCAUAAGAAUUUAGAGACCAUGUGUAAUCUGCUUGCGUGGGCCCAGUAAUGUUGGAAGAGCUGUGCAAACGGAUCCAAAAUUGUUGCGCUACGUUUCGGAGAUCACGGAACAUAAGAAAUGUUGGAAGUUGUUGGAUCAAAAGUUUGACCAGUUUCAAACUUUGCGAAAAACACGCAACAUCAUGCAACAGGGUGUGCCAACGGACGCAACAUGUAACAUUCAACAAUGUUGGGAGUUGUUGACCAACAAUGUUGCGUCCGUUUGCACGGACGCUGUUCGCUUGCCUUAAGCCCCGCGCAAACCGAAUGUACGUGGUACCUUUCAUGCUUUGCCUCCAUUUUAUUUGUGAGCGUAAAUUUUACGCACGUACGCACCUAGAAGUUACCCGACAGUGGAAAUCCAUCCCAAGGGAUACAAUUUUUAUUCUUCAAACUAGAUAGAUAGAUAGAUAGAUAGAUAGAUAGAAACUUUAUUAAAGUGUGGUCUAGCCAAGGAAAAUCCAUCCCAAAGGGGAAUAUACAAACUAAAAACUAUAUUUUUAAAAUAUCUAUAGUUAACUAAUUAAACUCCUAGGAUUCCUGAUGGGAUAGCCCAAUCAUAACAUCAUAGACUUCUAACUUCUGAACUCCUAUUUCUUAUCUAUCAAUUUUUGUGUUUCAGGUAUUGAAAAUGUUGUUCCUGUCGUGUUGGGAGGAGCAAAUUAUACCAAACUGGCCAUCCCUGGGUCGUAUAUCAAUGUAAUGAACUUUAAAACUGUGAAAGAGCUAGCGGAAUACCUUCAUUAUUUGGACAGAAACGCUACGGCGUACAAUGAGUAUUUCGCUUGGCGAAAAAAAUUUAAAGUCACUGCUAAUAACAUAGACUUUUCCUUGUGUGAUAUUUGCAAAUCGUACUUUUUGAAGACUCAGCUUGAAAAGAAAGUGUAUAAAGAUAUGGCAGAAUAUUGGGUAGCAAUGGGUAGAUGUAACGAAAAAGAUUAUCGCAUUAGAAAUAUGAUCUCUUAG